AUGGAGUUUCUGCGCGGCCCCGUGGACGGCAUCGCCCAGAGCGAGAACUUCCCCGUCAAUGGCUUCCGCCUCAUGGUGGCGCUGGCUGGCUGCAGCCUCGUGGCGCCGCUCAUCCACCUCACGCGCGGCGAGACGUCCCGCCACUUGUUCAAUGUGGCGGCGGGACUGUUCGCCGGCGCCUUUGUGUUCGAUACGGCCGUGCUGCACACCGUUGGCACGGCUGCGGCGGUGUAUCUGCUCAUGAUGGUGGCCCCGAGGAAGCUGGUGGGUCGCAUUGUGCUGCCGUUGCUGCUGGCGUACCUCGUGGGAGUUCACUACUACCGUGAAUUCCACAGCCCCGACCUUGUGUGGGACUCGGCGCAGAUGAUUCUGACGCUGAAGCUCAGCAGCGUCGCUAUCAACUACAGCGAUGGCGGCCUGCCCAAGGAGAAGAAGACGCCGACGAUGCUCAAGAACGAGCUGCAGGAGAUCCCGGCGUUGAUCCCGUACUUCGGCUUCAUUUUCUUCUUCCCCACGUACCUCGCUGGCCCCGCGUUUGAGUACAAGGACUACAUCUUUUGGAUGAAGGAUAUCCGCGUCGCCCCAUUCCUGGUCCACGUCCGUAACCUGUUCGUGAUUGUGAUUUCGGCUGCCGGAUUCUUCGCGUCGCUGCAAUUUCCGGUUGAAGAGAUCGACUCGCCUGACUUUUAUCCGAAGUCCUCGUGGGCAGUUCGCUGCCUCCGCAUGUGCAUUCCUGUGGUGCUGUUCCGUUUCCGCUUCUACCUUGCGUGGUCGUUGGCCGAGGCGGCGAGCGCUGCUGCCGGCGUUGGCUAUGUGCAGUCUACUGGCAAGUGGGAUGGCAUCACGAACAAUGACCUUCUCUGCGUGGAGCUUCCUACCAACUUCCGCGUGGCUAUUAACAACUGGAACAGGGGAGUCGCUCGUUGGAUCAACACCUACAUUUACCAGCGUGUGGGAUUGUCCAAGUCGGGCAAGUCGGGCUUGCUGUCGACCAUGGCCUCUUUCUUCGUUAGUGCUCUGUGGCAUGGUCUGUCCCCGGGUUACUACCUGUUCUUCCUGUUGGGAGGCAUCUACAUCGAAGUUGGAAAGCAUCUUCGCCGUCGCUUGAGGCCGUACUUCCACUACACGGAAGACCGCAAGGCGCACCCGCACGCCAUUUUCCUUUCGUACUUCAACGGUACUUCCAGCCCGCUCGCGUUCUUCUACGACAUCACGGGCAUGUUCUUUACCUGGGUGGCGAUGCAGUACGCCGGCGUUGCAUUCGAGAUCAUGGACGUGCGCCGCUGCCUCGCCAUUUGGAGCGCCUGGUACUUCCUCCCGCACGUCGUGAGCAUUGGCCUGCUGGUCUUCUUCAACCUCUUCCCGCAGCGUCGCUCUGCGUCUGGUGAGAAGAAGACGCAGUAAGACGGCGCCCGACCGAGGAGUCUCGUCAGUCGAACGAAGUCUCGUCAAGCAGAUGAUGCGCUUUCGCCAGCUCGGUUUUGGUGAAUCAAUAGAUCCAUUCCUCUC